AUGGUUCCUGCUAAGUUAGGAAAUAUCAAUUUUUUAAGAUCAUUGCAUAGUUUCCUACCAAAGAUCAAAAAAUCAGGAAAUGGCAAUAUUGAAAGUUUACAGACUGCAGAUUUAAUGAAACAUGCUGGUCUUAUCCAUGGUUCUAGAAGUGGUUUUAUCAAUUGGCUACCUUUAGGUUUACGUAGUUUAAGAAAAUUGGAACUAUUAAUUCAUAAUAAGAUGCAAAAUGAAGCUGGUGCUUAUGAAGUUAAAUUAAGUACUAUAUCUCCAAAAGACUUAUGGGAAAAAUCAAAUAGAUGGAACAAUAAAGAACUAUUCAAAUUGAAAGAUUCUAAAGAUGCACAAUAUUGUUUGACUGCAACUUGCGAGGAAGAUAUAACCAAUUUAAUGAUGAAUUAUAUUACAAGUUAUAAAAAUAUGCCUAUUACCGUUUAUCAAAUUGGUAAUAAGUUUAGAGAUGAGAAAAGACCAAGAGGUGGAUUAUUAAGAGCAAGAGAAUUUUUAAUGAAGGAUGCAUAUUCUUUUGCAAGAAGUAAAGCUCAAGCAAUUGAAGCGUUUAAUAAUAUGAACAAAGUAUAUGAUAGUUUAUUUACAGAAUUAAAAAUACCUUUCAAAAGUGCAUGGGCUGAUAGCGGUGAUAUAGGAGGUGAUUUAAGUAAAGAAUAUCAUUAUAUUCAUCAUUCUGGUGAAGAUACAUUGUUCACUUGUGAUCAUUGUAACGAAACUUUUAAUAUGGAAAAAUGUGAAUCUCAUCCUCUAGCACCUGGCGAAUACACCGGUGAUUUAGAUGUCCAAUAUGCUCUGACACAAGAUUUAUCAACAUUAAUAUGUUUUUAUUAUCCAAAAGGAAAACAAUUUAAUUGGAAUUUGGCAAAGAAAGAACUAGAUAGUGACAUUAACUCCAUUUCUCAAAUAUUAGAUAAUGAUAAAAUAAUAUCAAAAUUUUUAGAAAAUCAAGAUGAUAUGAUGUUAGCUCAUGUCAUUAGGGUUAUGGAUAUCCGUAUUAAUUCAAACUGUAACUUCCCUGAUUUCCCAUUAAAGAAAUAUGCUAAAAAUAAUUUCACAUCAAUUACUGAUGUUUCUAUUAUAGAUGCUAUAGAUGGUGAACUAUGUGGAAGUUGUGAAGAAGGUCAAUUGAAAAGCGAUAAAAGCAUUGAAGUAGGACACACAUUCCAUUUAGGGACAAAAUAUACUGAAUCAUUCGGUGCCACAUACUUUGAUGAGAAUAGUAAACCAAGCUUAAUCGAAAUGGGAUGCUAUGGUAUUGGAGUUAGCAGAUUAAUCGGUGCAAUUGCUGAGAUUACUAGAGACUCUAAAGGUUUUAGAUGGCCUAGUGUAAUUUCACCAUACAUUGUAAGUAUCUGUUCCCAAGUAAAUGUUUCGCAUAAAGAAUUGAAUCAAGAGAGGAUUGAUCAAGUCAAGGAUAUUCUAUAUCAAUCGCCUAUAUUAAAGAACGAAAUAUUCAGUUCUUUCCCAGAUAAGACUGGGAUUGGUAAACAAAUUGAAUUAUCCCAAUUAAUUGGUAUCCCAUUCAAUGUCAUAAUUGGCUCUAAAAGUUGGCCAAACGUAGAAAUUGAAGUUAGAGGUAUAAGAUGGGAUAAUAGUCAUAAAUGGGAAGAUGAUUAUAUUAAAUAUAAAGAUGAUUACAAAUGGGAAGUGAUAAAAACGGAUCAAGUUGAAAAACACAUAGUGCCAGUUGAACAUGUUGGUAAAGUUAUAGAAAUAUUAAUCCAGGAUAUUUAA